CACUUCCAGCCCAUUCCCUGGCGUCACUAAGUCCAAUAAGUAGCGGAGAGAGUCGUGAGUAUGGCCUAUAGCCCCGUGUCCCGGAGCAGCACGAACACUACUCAAGGCUCACUCAUGUCCAAUGACAACCAGCCCCUCCCACCCGGCUGGGAGAUGAAGUUGGACCCGCACACCGGCUGGUCUUUCUUUGUGGAUCAUAAUAACCGGAGCACUACUUGGACUGACCCCAGACUGCAGGACACAGGCAAGGUCAGCCAAACUUUGGCCAAUGGCCCCUCGCAAGAGAGUCAAAAGCCCCUGUCUUUGAGAGAAGGAAACGUGUAUUACCCUCAGCUGCGGCCUGGUUAUAUCCCUAUCCCCGUCAUGCACGAUGGUGUGGAAAACAGACAACAGCACCCCUUUUAUUCUCUCCAUCAGCCGGGAAUGCAACGAGUGCGAUGUGAUCCUAUUUCUACCCAAAACCGCCCCCAGUCCCCCCUGAGGAACUUUAAUCGGCCUCAGUCCCCCGCAUGGAGCUCGACUGAAGCACAAGCCGACAGACAAGGAAUGGGGUCACCUUCACAGAGCGGAUCCCCACAAGGACCUUCGCCCCCUCCGUCCAUAGCAGAGUCUCAGAGUCACCUCUCUCAGUCCCCCAGCAGACAGGGGAGCUACUCACUGCCACGAGGAUAUAUUCCCAUCCCUGUGAUCCACGAGGGAAAUGUGCCGUGGCCUCCGUCACACGGUUUCCAGCAGAAGCCAAAGACCCAUUACCCUCAAGGAACAGGCGAUUACCAGCCGCAUUAUCCAGUGUUUCAGAAAAUUCAAGAUGAGAGAGACUCGAGGCCAGUCCAGUCUACCAGAGCCACAGCCAAGCCAAUAUCAAGUAGAGAAGGAUCACCCAUCCCGAAUCUUUCCCAAUCGCCUGCAACUAUCAAAGUGCUGCAUGCCAUGGAGAAGCCUCAGGUCCAUCAGAUACCUCAACCCCGGGACUCUCCGCCAAAGCCUCCAGCAGAGAACAAACCAACUUCCCCAACUAAGGAACAGCUCCAAGGGCAAAUCCCUAUACAAGUACUCCUACAAGAGAGAGCCUGUAAGUCCCCUCAGCAGACAGCAGCUCCAGCAAGAGAAGAGGAGAAAGUUCCCACCCCUAUUCCAAUGGCCCCUCCAGAAGUCACACCUGUUUUUACCACCCCUGUUCCAAUGCCCCCUCCAGAAUUAACACCUGCUGUUCCCACCCCUGUUCCAAUGCCCCCUCCAGAAGUUAGACCUUUUGUUCCCACCCCUGUUCCAAUGCCCCCUCCAGAAGUUAGACCCUUUGUUCCCACCCCUGUUCCAAUGCCCCCUCCAGAAGUUAGACCUUUUGUUCCCACCCCUGUUCCAAUGCCCCCUCCAGAAGUUACACCUGUUGUUCCCACAACUAUUCCGAAGCCCCCUCCAGAAGUUACACCUGUUCCACAGGAACCAGUUCCAGAGAAGGUACCAGAAGUGCCAGAACCCCAACACAAGCACCCCGGUGUCCUUCAGGUAGAGAGGAUCUUGGAGCGAGUAAAGGCCUUGGAACAAGCCGUUACUGGUUUUCAGGGCAGCAAAAAUGAGAAGAAUUAUUUGAUACUGGAGGAAGAUCUCACAAAAGUGCUGCUGGCUCUGGAUUCUGUAGAUCCCGAAGGCCGAGCAGAUGUGCGUCAGGCAAGAAAGGAUGGUGUCAGAAAAGUCCAGAAAAUUCUGGAAACGCUGGAACAGAAAACAUCGGAAAACUCCCAGUGCACCCAGGCUUUGGACACGGCCAGCGUUUUACAAAAUUCCAUGGAUACUGAUAACACAGUGUACAGAAGUAGUGGGACAGUGGAACCUGCAAGUUCGUUGGGACACUAGCCAUCUGCUUUUGGGGAGAAAUAAAUUCAUGAACUUCAUGACGUGGGUUGGAAUUGAGUUUAGCUGCAUGCGUUUUCAACAUUUCUAAAGCUCUUGCUUUUUCACUUCUCCACUGUAAGAAGCACGAACACCACAAAGCUGUGGAUAAGCAACAAAAUACUCAAUGCUUGAAUGGACUUUGUACUGAGUCACAAACCACUGGGGUUCUUUGCCAAAAUACUACCCCUUGGGGGGUCUGGUCGGUUAUUUACAGGAUAAUAGAGACAUAUUUGUGUUUGUUGGAUUUCACCCGCUGUUAGUGCAGUUUAUUACUCAUGUUAUUUCAAGAAUAGAGUUUUAUAACAGAUUUAUUAUUUUAUCAUCUGAAACGUUAUUUAAUGAAUGGCAUUUUGAAGAAGAAAUAAAGCCUAAAAACACUGUAGAAAUGCUGUAUUAUUUAUAUACUGUUCUUACUGUACCAGCCCAGAGGUGCCACGGCCUAUAACAGUAAUGAUCCAGUUGCCCCCAGCAGCUCCCCCAUCUUGGAUCUUGUUUGGCAUCUUUUGUGUGUCAGUGGCACUGCACAUGCUCAUUAGGCUCCUGAUUGCUGUUGAAAAAAACAAAACAACUAAAGUUAGGGGUGAUGGGGAAAUCAUCCAGAGGCUUAUGAGAUUCAUACAUCAUAGAAGCUGAUUAUUAAAUUCAGAUGCAGACUGCAAUGAUGUAAUGUCAACUUUACAUUAAAUUACUAAUUUCUAAUUAGCCUUGUACUGUGACUUUUAUGUUCUAUAUAUAAUAUAUAUUGUGAGCCAGUCCCUAAGCUCAGGUAAGUAAUAGCAGCCCAGAGCAUGGGGAUCAGCAGAAAACUAGAUGGGGAGCUACUGAGGCAUCUUUGGUAAAACAGAUCUCAAAGGGAUAUGGUGACCGUGGGCCUAGUAAAGUAGCUCAAAACAUAAUUUGUAGCUUAAUUUUUUGUUAAGCUUUAGUUCUCCUUUAAGAUCUUUCACUACUGCUAGGACAGAGCUUUCACUACAAUUCUGAAUCAUGGCUAAUAUUGCAUGUGGGAACUAGGGAGCUAAAGGGCAAAAAAAAAAAAGACUGCUGUAUUUUUAAAUUGUGAUGUAUAAUUAAAGGGACUGUUGUGCUUGAACACAAGCUUCUUAUAAAAGAAAAAAAAA